AUGUCUCGAUGCACGUUUUGCCGUGCCUUUACCAUCAGCGUGGAACGUCAUUACCAAGAGUUUCAUCCUGACCUUGUGUCCCUCAAGAGAAGCGCCGAAGAUGGCUGCGACUUCUGCCUGCUCUGCUGGACGGGCUUUCAACAAGAAUGGACAACAUCGCAGAUAGAAUCUGUGCUCAAAGAUAAAGCCCCAGAGGGAGUCAGCGAAUUUGAACCAAGUAUCUGGAUUUAUACUCAGCCACAGAUCAGCGUGUAUUGCGGGAGGGUCUCUCCCCUUCCUGGUCAGAGGGAAAGUAGCUUUGGCCUCAACCAUAUAAACCUUUCUGUCUAUGGAGAAGAGGGAACCUUGGCAGGUUCGCGCACGCCUGGGCGAAUUUGCACAGCAGAGCAUAGACCUGAUACUUAUAUCACCAUCACCCAACAAUUCCUCCAAGGAUGUAUAAAGUUCCAUCGAGCCUGCGACUUUAAGGGAACGUACAGAAUGCCAACUAGGGUCAUUGACCCCCAACAUGGAAGACAAAUACCUCGCCCUAUCCUAUUGCUGGGCCCUGCGACAGAUACAUACACCCUCAACGCUAACACUAUGGAGGAUAUGCUGAACGGGAUGGAUGAGUCUCGUCUGGUGGCUGCACACCGUGACACGCUGAGUCUAGCUCGUUCGCUAGGUAUCCAAUUCGUUUGGAUCGAUGCAUUAUGCAUCAUCCAAGGCAACAAAGAGGAUUGGGAACGUGAAUCGAAGCUAAUGGCUAGAGUCUAUGGCAGCUCGACUCUUACCGUUUCAGCAGGAAGAUCGGCAGAUGCUCGCAACUCCUUUAUUAUCAACGACUAUAAACAGCCUGCUCCUUGCUGCGAGAUACCCUUGGACGAAGGCCAGGGAAAUGUUCUUGUAGGUUUGAGAAGGUCUUCGGACUACGGUGUCGUCGAAACCCGCGGAUGGUGCCUCCAAGAGAAGAAAUGGAGCCGUCGCAUAGUCUUCUUUGGCAAGGAACAGCUUUACUUCUUGUGUCGAUGUUGCAGCUACUCGGAGGAUCGCAACUACGAAGAGGAGAAGCCUUCUUCUCUCCACGCUAUCCUGAGCCAGGCCGAUAAAGACAUGUCGUCGAAAAGAGAUCGACUCCUGCAAUUCUGGGACGGGGUCUUGAUUGACUUCUCCAAGCGCCAACUGUCAAACCCACAUGACAUCUUCGCAGCCACUGCCUCGAUCGCGGAACCAGUAUCCAGAGCCAUUGGGUCCAGAUAUUUGGCUGGCCUUUGGGAGUGUGACCUUGUCCGCUGUCUCUUGUGGAGGCCUGGCUACUUAGUGAGCAGUCCCUUCUUCGGAUCAGCUACGCGACCACGACCAACCAGGUUCGCACCCGCCCCAGUUAUUAGGGCGCCGUCUUGGUCUUGGGCUUCCAUUCAAGGCGGUAUCUAUCCACUGUCGAAGCAAACACUUCAGGGAAAGAUAAAACAGUACCAGGGGGAAGAUUUCUUCAAGGCGAAGCCGAAGCUACGAAACCCUGAUCGCUGGACAACAGAUACUCACUGCGAUGCCAACAUUCUGCACAUGCCAUCUUGCGAACUACAGCUUGUAGGACGUAUUCAAGAAGCCUUUAUAAUUACGAAAACGCCUGCAGAUGAUUUCGUCGACACGUUGCGAAGACAGAAGAAGCCGGGUCCAGGGAUGCUUCGCCAAAAGACCCUGCUUGGACGCAAGGAGUUGAAAGAAGGUGCCUUCAGUUCAGAUCUGGCGCUCUUCGUAGCUCUUGGAGCAUUUGACUUGGCCGAGGAGAGUGUUCAAGAGGUAUGGUGUUUGCAACUGACAGCUGAGGAGGGGCUCAUGCUUCGCAAGGGAGACAAUGGAAGGUUUCAGCGCUUAGGACUGUUUCAACUGUACAAGAUGGACUGGUUUGGCAAUUUAGGCGAUUCCGAAGUUGUAUUGGUGUAA